CCCCCACUGGAAAGUUCUUAUCUAGAUCCCUUGCAGCACCACAAUGGCCCGCAAGCCCGUCCCCUUCUCGGCAUUCUUCGGAGGCCUCUUCCUCUUGUUCCUCGUCGGCUUGGCCGCUGCCAUCGGUCAGAACGACAGUAGAGCAGAAAAGCACGGCGGAGCAGAAAAGCACGGCGUGUGCCCAGAGAUUCAAAACAACCACGACUGCCCCAAUGAAUGUAGCUCCGACGGAGACUGUCCUGACACCCUCAAGUGCUGCACAGCUGGUUGCACGUCGGUCUGCAUAAUCCCCAAUGAGAAGAAGGGCAAAUGCCCUCAAAUUAGUGAUAGCAUCUCUCAGCUGGCAAUCUGCAGGGAUGAGUGUUGGAGUGACACCGAUUGUCCUGGACAACUCAAAUGCUGUAUCAAUGGCUGUGGAAACCAUUCCUGUUCCACACCUGAGGACUGAGCAGCUGGACAAACCCAAGAGAGAAAGCUGCUCACUGACCUAUCCUCUGCUCUCCUAUCUUCUGUGCCUUGGGACCCCAUGCUGAAUCAGCCUCUCCCUCCUGUGCUGGGCUUCAGGCUUCCUCUCUGGGGCUGACCACGCCUAGCCAGAGCAUCAAUAAAAAGAUCAG